AUGGUCUACUCCUGCGCCUAUUGUCUAUUAUCCCCAUUCUGUUCACCGAUCCUUUUAGGCUGAACGCUUAUUUCCCCUCAAAUAUUCAUCCUCUUUUUCCUAUGAAAUAAUUGAUUGUUUCUGCUUCCACCAUCACCAUAACCAGUGGAUUCCUCACCUCCCCGUCUCUCAUUCCUCAAUUUGGUCCUAAAUCAUUGGGAAUUAAUGGAAAGAGAUUGACUUUGUCCGCCACUAUCACCUUUCAACCUUACAUGUCCCGAUGAGAACAACCCACCUCUUGCAGCCUAAUCUUGUAGCUGAGAUCCUUUAUCCCUCGAACCAUUCUGGUGUGGAGUUUGCACGUUCUCCCUGCGACCACGUGGGUUUACUCCGUGUGCUCCGAUUUCCAGAUUUGUAGGUUAGUUGGUCCUCUGUAAAUUGCCCCCCGUGUGUAGGGAAUGAAUGAGGACCUGGGAUAACACAGAACGGAUAAACGGUUGUCAUAGAUUCGAUGGGUCCAAUGGCCUGUUUCCAUGCUGUAUCUUUCAUUGGGUUUUUUUGUCCUGAGGUUUGGGUUUGAAACCAGGAGUCAGAGGUGGGAGUUCCACCCUUGGAGGCAGAGACUUGCCCAUUGUGGUCGUGAGGUAGCAUCACUGGCAGAGCUAGCCCCCAACAAGAGGCUAAAAUCAUCUCACAGCGGCGAAAAUAUAUAUAAAUUAGGAGCAAAAGAGCCCUCUUUGAAUCCGGGUCGGAGCAAGCAUUACCGACAGGGAUUUAGCUUAGCUUGGAGACGCUGUAUUGAAACAGCCCCUUUGGCCCAUCGAGUCGCCAUAGACUCGGUGGGCCGAAGGAUGUUUACAUGCAGCAUCUCUGAGAACACAUCUCCCGCACAAUGAAUGCACUCCGCACCGAUAGGCCACCCAUGCAGUGAAUUCAGUCGCCCGCAGCGCAGUCGGUGAUCGCUCAGCCGCCGGCCUUUUCAUUGGCUGUUGGAAAAUUGUGUCAGGGUCGCAUGUUUUAAAAUCCUGAACUUGAUCAGCAACUUGCACAAGGCGUUCCCGUUCUCUGGGACAUCGCUGACAGCGUUGGGAGCUGUCCUUGCCCGCUGUAUUGGGGAGAGGCGCAGUGGCGGCCCGCAAAGGCGCGAAGCAGGUUCGCCGGGGCUUAACUGGACCGAGUGAAGUCGUGUUGAAAGGAACCGAGCCGGACUUUGGAGCGGACGAUGGCAGCCCUGCUGAAAAGAGUGUCAUUACGCACUGUGGAGAAAGAUGAGAAUGUCACCUUGGUGGAUUCUUACGAUGUUUGUGGUUUCCUUUUAGAAAUCGGCGUGCGCCCAUUCUCCGAGCUUGGGUUUGGAACCUCUGUCUGGGGUGCUUGUCGUGCUCUGUGUCAUUACUUCGAGAAACAGAAAGUAAAAUUUUACAAUAAAAAGGUGAUUGAACUAGGAGCCGGCACGGGCAUGUUGGGUAUUCUUGCUGUCCUUCUGGGUGGUGAGGUCACCAUCACCGACAGACCAGGGCUGUUGAAGAUCAUAGAACGUAAUGUGUCCGUCAAUGUCCCCUACCCCGACAGGUCCCGCGCCACCGUCUCUGCCCUGUCCUGGGGGUACGACCACACGCUCUUUCCCUCAGACUAUGACUUCAUCCUUGGCGGAGACAUCCUCUACCAGCCCGCAAACAUCCCUUUAUUACUGAAGACCAUUCAACACCUCAGCAAUGAGAUGACCACCAUCUAUUUUGCCUCACCCAUGUCCAUUCAUCGACGGAUGAUCAGCUUCACCUACCAGAAGCUCGCUGAGUACUUCCACAUUGACCUGGUGGCCAGGUAUGAAGAUGAAGACAUCAAUGUAUACAAAAUGACCAAGAUAGGCUCGUCUUACUGGAGGGCACCUCCCGUGAUCGAGGAUGAAUUCAAUUUCUCCUACAACGCGAUGAUUAAUGGCUUCGCUCGCUGAGGAUUACAGUAACAAAGAAACGGGGGCAGGCAUUGGCCAAAUCACCGAACCAACCAGCUCGGGUAGUGAAUGGGAACAGAAGUCUUCGCUGCCUGGAGGUUACAUUGUAUAGAAAAUCUAGACAGGUAAUUUACAGUAAGAUCAAUAAAUGCUGGAGAUCUUAGCUUAGCAGGUCAGGCAGCAUCUGUGGGGAGAGAAGGAGGGUGUCAGAUUGACUAUCUUUCACCAGAACUAGGUAAACCUGGAUAAACUGCGUUAACUUACUGCAAUCCUGCCACAAACUCUCCUGACUCAGCGUUUAGUUUAGUUUAGAGAUACAGCGUGGAACCGGGUCCUUUGGCCCACCGAGUCCCCGCGUGUAGCGAUCCCCUCACACUAGCACUGUCCUACACACACUAGAACCAUUUAUAAUUGUACCAAGCCAAUUAACCUACAAACCUGUAUGUCUUUGGAGCGUGGGAGGAAACCGGAGCACCCAGAGCAAACCCACGUGGGUUAUGGGGAGAAUGUGCAAACUCCGUACAAAUAGCAUCCGUGGCCAGGAUCGAAACUGGGUGUCUAGCGCUGUAAAGCAGUAACUCAACCGCUGCGCCUCUGUGCCGCUCUUUCAAAUGCAACAAUUUCAGAUAAUCAAUUUCAAUUUUACAUAUCCAGCACCCACGUUAUUUCCUUAUUGUAAUUUAAGAAAGUUAUUCUGCUGUUCCUGUCUACAUCUCCUUUAGAGCAACCUUUCAUUGCUAUACCUUUCCCUUGAGUAAAAAGCAAGUGCUUGUCAGCGAAGCGAUGCAGUCAGAUUGGGAUGGGAUUUGCUGUCUGACGAGUGAUUGCGCAGAGUCUGAAUGGCAAAGAUUGACACAGAUUGAGAAUGUACAGAAGCUUGAAAGCACGCACCACCAGACUCAGGAACAGUUUCUUCCUCGCUGUUAUCAGGCACCCAAACCACUCUUGAAUAAACUAGAAAAUAAUCCCAUUCAACGCUUCCCCAUUGCUGACAAUUAGUGUGAAGAAGGGAAUCGAUCCAAAACGUUACCUAUCCAUUCCAUCCACAGAUGCUGUCUGAUCCUCUGAGCUCCUCCGACACUUUGUGUUUUAUUCAGUUGACAGGAUGUGUUGCUCUGGGUCGAGGUGAUGACCUUAAACAAACUUUGGUCAGUUAAAGGUUCUGUCAUUUAUUAAAACACUACAAACUUUUUGUUUUCAAUAAAAUGAAUGAGUAAUUAUCAUUACUUUGAACAAGUGUUUUGGUCACUACAAAACCAUACCUACUCGAAUCAGAUGUACUGUAUAUCUAUUUUGGACGGCGCAGUGGGGAGAGCUGCUGACUCACAGCGCCAAAGACACGGGUUCCAGCCGGACCUCUGGUCCUGCCUCGGGUGGAGUUUGCACGUUCUCCCUGUGACCGCGUGAGUUUCUUCUGGGUGCUCUGGUUUCCUCGCACAUCCCGAAGAGGUGUGGGUUUGUAGGUUAAUUGGCUUUUGUAAAUUGUCCCUAAUGUGUAGGAGAUGAAUGAACAAGUAGGAUAACAUAGAACUAGUUACCAACGGUCGGCAUGGACAGGGUGGGCCAAAGGGCUUGUUUCCAUGCUGUAAUCCCUGAACUGAAUGUUAUUUAAAUCAGUGGUGUGAUUUUGGGAUGUUUAUUUUGAAAUCACCUAAUUUAUAUAUUAUCCAGAGCACUGUAACAAAAAUUGCUGAUAAAUAUCUUUCCCAAAUAAACCUACUUAUUUCACAAUUUUAAAUUAAUUGUCUGGGGAUUGAUGCAAUCCCAGUUGCAUCUGUGAGUUUUAACAGUUCUGCCAACUCUGCGUUCUCUUGUUUUGGUAAUUUUCUUCAUUGGAAAGUAUUUCUAUUUAAUAUUCACACCAAAAUAACAGUUCCUAAAAUUGCGGUCAGAUAUCGCAGGCCUAUCAAAUCCUCAGUGCAGUUUAUUGGUUUCUUGUUUCUUGGUUUCUUCAUCCUCCAAAAUAUUCCAAAUAUAAUUUAAACUGGAGGUGGUGGAGGGAGGACUUAAGCCAGAAAGGGUUAUUGGGAAGAAAGAGCUACUUUAAAUUUUACAGUAUUACACAGGACAACUGGAAGGUGGCGGUUUACUUGAUAGAUUGAAAUGUGUAACCUUACCAAGUUUUGCAUUGGCAGUUUUAACAAACAAUGGGUGCAAUUCUAUGAAGAUCCUUUAAUCAGUGAUUUUUUAAAAAUUAGGUCACGACUUUAUGGACGAUUGGAUCGCAGCAUGGAGAGAUAAAAACUGUGAUUGUUUACAAAUUUAAAUUGUGAAUUUUUAGUCUAUUCAUAUGAUCUAGUGACAGGUCCCAAGCAAGAGAGAAUUCUGCUGUGUUGUUACUCAAACAUUUCAAAUUCAUCUGCUCUUAGUUUAGUUGAGUCUAGAGUUACAGCAUGGAGUCCGCACUGACCAGUGAUCACGCCAUACACUAGCACUAUCAUACACAAUAGGGACAAUUUAUAAUCUUUACCGUAACCAAUUAACCUACAAACCUAUAUGUAUUUUGGCACCCUCGGAAGUUAUUUAGCUUCUAAAAUUAUUUAUUUAUAAAAUCCAAAACGUGCCCGGCACAUUUAUGGGUUGGGAGGGUCCAACGUUGUCCAACAAGGUGAAGAGAAUGCUUCACAGUUCACUAUUCAGUUGUGUUUAUUUAUUUAUUGUCAUGUGUACCGAGGUGCAGUGAAAAAUUUUUUUGUAGGAUGCUAUAGAGACAGUGGAAGACUGCAUGAUUACAGUCGCGCCUUCCACAGUAUACAGUUACAGGAUAAAGGGAAUAAUGUUCAGUGCAAGAUAAAGUCCAGCAAAGUCCAAUUAAGGAUCGUCUGAGGGACUCCAUAUCUAACUCCUUGUCAUUCUUAGCAAGCAGGCCACAGGGUGAUAGAUAUAAGGAUACGGUGGGCUGGAGUAACUCAGCGGAUCAGGCAGCAUCUCUGGACAACAUGGAUAGGUGACAUUUCGUGGUCAGGACCAUUUUUCAUCCAUGUUCUCCAGAGAUGCUGCCUAACCCGCCGAGUUACUCCAGUACUUUGUCCUUGUGUGUAAAACCAGCAUCUGUAGUUCUUUGUUUCUACAUUCUAAUGUUAAAGAUGGUGUGUUGUCUUCCUGGUCCAGGGUAAGAGGUUUCACAAAUCGCAGAUUCUGAUUCACAUCAGAUUAGUUAUUAUCAUAUACACCAGGCUAGAAUGAUAUUCCAUGCAUAAAUCCCAUAAAAUGAACAGAAUAC